AUGCCGGAUCCAGCUGUAAAUCAAGCAGUAGGGGGACUCGCACAGCAACCAUCAUCCAACCAGAUGCUGAUGCAGAUCCUUCAACAGCAACAACAGCUUAUGGCACAGCUUACUCAGCAGGUCUCAGCUACCCAGCAGGCCAUUCACAAGCUGUCGAGGGACGAAACGGUUUUGGACUCCCUUUCCAACAACCUUACCGAAUUCGUCUAUGAUCCGGAGCAAGGCAGUACUUUCGACUCCUGGUAUGCACGUUAUGCAGAUUUGUUCGACAAGGAUGCCGAAAAACUGGACGACGCUGCGAAAGUCCGGUUACUGAUGAGGAAGCUGAAUCCACAAGCACAUGAGCGGUUCACCAGUUUUAUACUUCCGAAGCUGUCCAAGGAGUUAUCGUUUAGUGAAACAAUUGGGAAGUUAAAAACGAUCUUCGGAUCCCCAGUGUCCGCGUUUCAUCGCCGUUAUCUGUGCUUGCAGACGACAAAAGACGAUUCCGAUGAUCUAGUGUCCUAUUCGUGCAAAGUCAAUAAAGCGUGUGUGGACUUCAAGUUGAAAGAUAUGUCAGAGGAACAGUUCAAGUGCCUCAUUUUCGUGAGUGGUCUCAAGUCAGCACGAGACUCGGACAUUCGUAUGAGGUUGAUAACAAAGUUGAACGAAACUAAGGACGUUUCUCUGGAACAAGUGGUGGAAGAUUGCAAGAAUUUACUGAACUUGAAACAAGACAACAGUCUUGUUGAGAAACAGCAAUCAUUCAGUGCAGUGAAUGCCAUUCAUAAAGAGCGGCAUCCCAAACCAAAUCAUAAACAUUGGGCGGGAAAGUCAGUAAAUUCUACCAAUCUACCAAAAACUCCGUGUUGGGCGUGCGGUGCUAUGCACUUUUCUGUGGACUGUACAUACCGUGAACAUCAGUGUCGUGAGUGUAAAAAGAAAGGCCAUAAGGAAGUAUAUUGCGCCUGUUUUACGUCUGGCGGUAGCAGCAGCAGUAACAAGAAGAAAAAGAAGAAGAGUAGCAGAGAAGUGAAGAUAGUGUCCGUGAACAAUAUCACUCAGAGCAGGAAGUACUCCGAAAUCGAAAUCAACCAGGUUCCGGUACGAUUGCAGAUCGAUUCAGCGUCGGACAUCACUAUCAUUUCUGACCAGUGUUGGCGAAAAAUCGGUGAACCACAAGGAACAAUUCCUUCCUGCAACGCCAAAUCUGCAUCUGGGGGAUCACUUCAUUUGGCCCGAGAGUUUUGGUGUGAUGUGAAGAUCGGUAGCAAAACAAAACGUGGAUUGUGUCGUGUUGCUCCACCAGACCUGAAGCUUAACAUCUUAGGCUCUGACUGGAUCGAGCUCUUCGGAUUAUGGGACGUUCCCAUCAGCUCAUUCUGCAACAAAAUCAACAACCAAUCGCCUCAUCCGGAUUCAUCCCUGCAAGCUAAGUUCCCGAAAGUAUUUUCGUCGGAAAUGGGUCUCUGUUCAAAGACCAAGGUUCGCCUAACACUCAAGGGUGAACCGAAACCAGUUUACCGGCCCAAGCGUCCGGUGGCCUACAGCGUGCAAGGUGCAGUAGAAGAUGAGCUUCAGCGGUUGCAGAAUUUGGGCAUUCUCGAAUCAGUGGACCAUUCAGAUUGGGCAGCACCCAUCGUCGUGGUUCGGAAACCGAACGGGAGAGUCCGCAUUUGCGCUGACUUUUCGACUGGCCUCAAUGAGGCGUUGGAGUCAAACCAGUGUCCACUUCCCCUACCAGAAGACAUCUUUACAAAGAUGGCAGGAUGUAAGGUCUUCAGUCAUAUUGACCUAUCCGAUGCCUAUCUCCAAGUGGAAGUGGACCCCCGAGAUCAACAUCUGCUGACAGUCAACACCCACAAGGGCUUAUUUCGCUACACUCGCCUCACACCCGGCAUCAAAUCAGCUCCGGGUGCAUUCCAGCAGAUCAUGGAUGCAGUUCUGAGUGGCAUCGGUAGAGCCUGUGGUUAUUUGGAUGACGUGCUGGUGGGUGGUCACACGAAGGAGGAGCAUGACCGCAAUUUGCAUCAAGUGCUUCAGCGUCUGGAGGAGUAUGGUUUUACGAUUCGGAUGGAGAAGUGCAAAUUCCACAUGCAGCAAGUGGAAUACUUGGGCCAGGUUUUAGAUGGUGAAGGAAUAAGACCCGAUCCGGAAAAGACUUCAGCCAUUUCCACCAUGCCACCACCUCGGGACGUCUCGUCAUUGCGGUCGUAUUUAGGAGCUGUAAACUACUACGCAAAGUACAUUCCCGAAAUGCGUAAGCUCCGGUACCCGAUGGACCAGCUUUUGAAAACUGGUGCCAAAUGGAACUGGUCAGAAGCGUGUCAGCGAUCGUUCCAUCGGUUCUGUGAAAUCCUGCAGUCACCAUUGGCGCUUACUCACUACAAUCCAAAAAUGGAAAUCAUAGUAUCAGCAGACGCGUCAAACUACGGAAUCGGCGCGCGAAUUGCCCACAAGUUGCCUGAUGGGUCAGUGAAACCGGUAUCCUAUGCGUCACGAAGCUUGACGCCAGCCGAGGCGAACUACAGCCAGAUUGAGAAGGAGGGUCUGGCGCUAAUAUUUGCAGUAACUCGGUUCCAUAGGAUGAUUUUUGGUCGGAAUUUCGUUUUGGAGACGGAUCACAAGCCGUUGCUGGCGAUUUUCGGGUCUAAGACUGGCAUCCCGGUUUAUACAGCAAACAGGCUUCAGCGGUGGGCGUUAACUCUACUACUGUAUGACUUCAGCAUCAAAUAUGUCAACACAAAUAGUUUUGGUUAUGCUGACAUUUUGUCGAGACUGAUUAACACCCACGUCCGCCCCAACGAGGAGUACGUCAUCGCAUCGAUUGAGCUAGAAGACACCAUGCAAGACAUCGUCAAGCAGUCUGUCGUGGGUCUUCCGGUCACUUUCAAGAUGAUCCAAGCCGGAACACAGUCGGAUGCGAUUUUGAAGCAGGUUAAGCAGUUCGUCGAUACAGUUUGGCCAACCGAUCGGUCGAAAUUCAGCGACUCCCAGCUGCAGCAGUUCCAUCAACGCCGGGACAGUCUAUCAAUAGUGUCCGAUUGUCUCGUCUACGGAGAGCGAUUGGUCAUUCCUGCAAAAUUUCGAGAUCGGAUUCUGCGUGUUCUACACAAGGGCCACCCAGGAGUGGAGAGAAUGCGGUCCAUAGCACGUAGCUACGUCUAUUGGCCCGGGAUCGACGAGCAAAUCAGCCAGCGUGUCCGAGCGUGUGUGGAAUGUUCGAGAGCCGCCAAGACCAACACAAAAACUAAUUUGGAAUCUUGGCCUGUACCAGAAAAACCAUGGCAACGACUACACGCCGAUUAUGCUGGGCCAGUCGACGGCAAUUACUACCUGAUUGUUGUUGACGCUUUCAGCAAAUGGCCAGAAGUCAUCUCCACCAAGCGCAUCACAGCAUCUGCAACGGUGGCCAUGUUCCGCGAGAUCUUCGCCAGAAACGGGAUGCCCGAAACUUUGGUUACCGACAAUGGCACACAGUUCGCGAGCGAGGAAUUUGAAACGUUCUGCAGCAACCAAGGAAUCCUUCACCUUAGAACACCGCCGUACCAUCCGCAGUCGAACGGUCUCGCAGAGAGAUUUGUCGACACAUUCAAGCGAGGACUUCGGAAAAUAACGACGGGGGGAGAGCCUCUCCGCGAAGCAAUCGACACUUUCCUUUUGUGCUACCGCUCCACUCCUUGUCGUUGCGCACCUGAUGGGAAGUCUCCAGCAGAGCUGUUAUUGGGCAGACGAUUACGAACAGCAUUGGACCUACUGAAACCACCAACCUCGUUCUAUAAGCAACCCGAAUCGAAGCAGGAAAUCCAGUUCAAUCGAAAGCAUGGCACGAAAGCGUUGAACUACGAUGUCAAGGAUCUGGUUUGGACUAAAGUACACCGAAACAACACCUGGUCCUGGGAGCCUGGUCAAAUCCUUGAACGUAUAGGCCGGGUUAUCUACAAUGUAUGGUUACCAGAAAAGCGAAAUCUUGUGAGGUCCCAUACAAACCAACUGAGGAAGCGGUACGAGUCCGAACAACCAACAUCACCAGUACAACAGCAGUCGACGCAAAUUCCGCUAAGCAUCCUAUUGGAUUCGUGUGGUCUUAGUCAGCCAUCAGCCACACCAGCCGAACAAGCGACAGGUGGGCCAUCGCAGUUACCGUUACUCAACCAGCUAAUACCUACCGAGGUCCCUCGCCGAGCGCCUUCCAAGCCCCCAAGAGCUACUACUCAGCAACAAUCGAGCCAGCUUCGCCAAUCUUCUAGAGUAAGAAGAACACCCGUGAGGAGACAGCAGUUCAACAGUCAACUGCACAGCGUGGUUGAGAAAAUUCUGAAGGGUGAUAUUCAAAUCCACUUGAGCGACUUUAACGCAGAGAAGAUCUUGAUUGCAUCAAUGGGCAUCAAGAUCAUGGACAAAGGAGCUAAAACGGAGAACUGUUUGUAG